AUGACGAGCUGUGAACACCGACUAGCUGGUAGGCCUAACAUGCAUGGCAGGAAUGUAGGUAUAUGCAUCUGCACAAUUGGCUCGGUGAGCAACGCAAUUUAUAGAAUUGGUUCAGCCAAAGAGUGGAGCCGAACCAUAGGGUUGCAGGGGAUCGGCAAUAAAAAGGUGUACAGAACGGCUGGGCGGGGCUGCUGUUUGAGGAGAGUGCCUCAACUCUGGGAGGAACCCAAUCGGACGGGGCUAGGAAACGCCCAUAUGAUGGCAAGCGAAUAUGAACAGGCAAACAGUAAUGACAGACAAGUAGCCGUCAGAGAAAGGCAAAUAGCAAAUUCCGUCAGAGAUGACGCUAAAGCAGACAGACUCCUCAGAGUCGCAUCGGACAAGGCUACAAGCAGACUUGCAGACGGACCCCAUCCGAGCAUGGCUACUUCAUUGUUGAAGUGGUUCUCCACUCCAGGCCUUGACUGGACGCAAAAGAGCAACUGCAGCCACAAACUGGCUCGACUGACAAGGUCGGCUCUGCUGUUGGCUGUUGUCUGCGUCUGUCUAUUUCCCGACCCGCCUCUGCAACUGCUUCGAGGCCCCGUGGAAGGUACCGUCUCAGGUCGUCUGGUAGCCGCCUGCCGGCAGCGGAGGCCACCAAAGGUUGCCACAGACCGGUACUCAGAUGAGCGUAAGGCCCGUCGUCGUGAGGUCCGUGAAGGCAUCAAGGAGCUGGCAUUGGUCUACGAAGACAUCCUCCUCAACCAGGUCCAAGCCACGCAAGAGGAGCUGUGGCCAGGCGCCACCAGCAAUCUGUUGCCGUUUGUAGAGGCGGAAGUGAUCUGUGCCCACAACCCCUGCCCGAGAUGCUCGUGUGUCCAAGGCAACCAGUCAGUCCGACCGACACGGGCCAAGAGCCAACAAAUCCUGUCGCCAAGCGGCAGGCAGGAGCAGCAGCAGCAGCAGGCAAGAAGAAGCUGCAGCAUGGAAGACAUGUCUCGAUCUCAGAGGACAACCGGGUCUAGCGGCCAGACGAAAGAGACCACGCAAAAACGAGACGAGGUGGACUUUGGGAGUCUGGAUAGCGGAAAUGUGGACCAAGAAGACGCAGACGUGAUGAGCCUACUCGAUCAGCACAACAUUGCCAGCCUCCUCCGGCCCCUCGAGGCCACAGGCCACGGCUGCGUCUGUCCCGGAGGCAACCCGAUCCGAUACAUGGGCCCAGCUGGCGGUAUGGGCCUGGUCGGAUCGUGUGUCUGCGACCGCCAGUCGGACACUCCUCGCAGUCCGUGGAGGCCGGUUCGUAUAAGUCACUAUCCCGCCCGUGAAGCCUUCUACGGCCCGGCCGGUGGAUCUGCUACCGGCCUGGUUGGACGACCAGACAGACAAAGCGAUGGCCUCCUUUUCUCGACCGACAGAGUUCGCCCCAAUCGCGAUAUUCCCUGUCCGGGGCUGCCGAUCGUCGGAGAGCCGUCGACUCAUCCCACCGAUUCGACCUAUCCAACCCAUCUGAACUAUCCAACCCAUCCAACCCAUCUGAACCAUCCAACCCAUCUGAACUAUCCAACGCAUCUAACCCAUCUAAACUAUCCAACCCAUCUAAACUAUCCAACCCAUCCAACCCAUCCGUAUCAUCCAGCCCUCGGGUCGAACCAGGCAACCGGGACUCAAGCCCAGCCCCAGCAGAGCGUCAUGAUGAUGGGCUGGGUCAUCCGGCCGGCCUGGCAACCCGGCACAUGUCCACCGACGGCUCAGUCGCCUUUGGCAACCAGAGGCCUACAUCCCUCCCACCUCUCGGCACCUUUCAAUCCCUUACAGAACUGGCCUCACAGACCGGCUUUCAGCGACGCUUGUCACCUGCCAGCUGGACUGUUGACGACCAGACCGGCUCCCUGCAAUCCCUGCUACUCUGUCUACAUGCUGCUUCGAAAUGAAGAGGCUGCGACCACUCGCAGGUUGGCCAGUCUCUUCAAAAGGCUGCAGCACCCACAGGCGAUAUCGGCGAAGAGUAGCCUCAGCGCAUACUCGUCAAAGAUGCCGGUUGCAAGAUUGACGAGGAAGCCGUUUGUGUCAGGAAACCAAAGUCUAGACUGGUUGGGAAUGCUUCAUGCUCCUCCGAGUUCAAGUUUAGAAAGGUUAAAUACCACAAAACGAUGGGAAAAACAGCAGUUCUGGAAGCUGAAAUUGGCGUUCAGUGUGACCUUGUGA